UUUUCUGACUCUAACAUUUAUAGUUUUCCAGAAGUGACAGUGGAUUGGAGGGUGACAGUGCCACCUUCCCAAUGACACUGGUCAAACCAACAGUGCAUCAAAUUUCUCCUCCUCCAUAAAAAAAUGCAAAACAAUGAGUUUUUACAGAAAGUGUGAGAGAAAGUUUGUUACAUGAAUGUAAACAUCAGAAGGCAAAAAAAAUCUUAAAAAAUCAGGGCAACAGGCAAGAGCUUUUGAACAUUACUUACAUCAAGAUGUUUAGAAAUGUAGGCUCUGACACUGCCUGCAGCCUGUUGUGCACAAAGUAACAGAAUCAGAGCAUGUCUUCUACAGAGAGCUCAGGCUUGUCCUCCACUGUAAGCAGUUCUGUGCCCUGAUCUUCUGGUGCUUCAGCUGAAAUGCCUGUGCUGCUGCUAUGAGCUCUCCUAUUCCUGUGUCUCUGCACCCAUGCAUUCCUCAUCACAGGGAGAAACCAGCUGAUGGAACUAGAGCAAAGGCUGAGUUCCCAUCUCAGUCCAUUCAGAGGACAUUGGGAUCCAGUCAGGACCCUUUAUCCUUAGGGAUAUCCUUAGGAGUAUGAGGCUGCUGGACAGGAAUCCAGACCUCCUUGAGAACUCCAGAAACACCACGUAGUUCUGCAGCUUUUGUAGUCAUAACCAAGGCAAAAUUCCUGAUCUGUCAUGCAAAGGGACUCCAGCACCAUCAACUGAUCCUUUCUGUCCUCCAGCCCCACAAAGAUAGGGCAUAUUGAACUGCACUGCCCAAAGCUCCAUCCACACUUCUAAAGGAAUUAGUUAAUAAGAGUACAGGCAAGUUCUCUGUUGUGCUCAGGAUAUCUGGGCUCAGGAUGCACAUGGGCACUGCCCAGACUCAGCCACAGAUAUGCUUUCUUCUCAUUUUAGGCUCCCUUUUGCAGGCUGUGCUCAGUGGGCUUGGCCCUCUGCUAGCAAAUGCCAAAUAUACCUGCCCGUGGAUGUAUUCUCACACACAUGGAACCUCAGCGGGAGAGAGCAGGCAGCAGAGAGGUAAGGCCAUGCAUGACCUGUGGAAGUGCCUGAGGCUGUGCAAAGGGAGAGCACAUCAGAUUAGAGCCUGUGAAGAUUGCUCACCAGUGUGGGGGGUGGCCUGUGCAGGAGGAAGGCUGUUUGUGGCCACACUGGUAACAGGGACCCUUGGAGAAGAGUGAUCCUCUUGCAGAGAGGAUGAAUGGCCAAGGGAGAGUCAGUCCUGGAAGUGCAGCCCCAGCAGAAGAGAGAGGUUGCUCCUGGCUGAACGUCUGGGUUUUCCUUAUUUUUGCCCUUGCAGUCAAAGCUGCCUUCGUGGCCUUGUGCCUCUGGCUUGUGGUUCCCUUCUGCCACAGCAGUGACCAGCCCUCAGCCCUGCAGCAGCAGUUCUCGCAGUGGGAGUGCGACUCAGCGGUGCCACAAGGCACAGAUGGAGGCUGGACGUGCUGCCCCAAGGGCUGGAAAAGGUUUCAAGGAAGCUGCUAUUUCCUGUCCAGUGAUACAAUGUCAUGGUCUGAGAGUGCACAGAACUGCGGUGGGAUGGGCUCCCAGCUGGUGGUGAUCAGCAGCAAGGCAGAGCAGAGAAGGAGGGCCAGUGGCAGUGGGUGGACAAGACUCCAUACAAUGAGACAGCAACUGGUUCCCUUCUGCCACAGCAGUGACCAGCCCUCAGCCCUGCAGCAGCAGUUCUCGCAGUGGGAGUGCGACUCAGCGGUGCCACAAGGCACAGACGGAGGCUGGACGUGCUGCCCCAAGGGCUGGAGAAGGUUUCAAGGAAGCUGCUAUUUCCUGUCCAGUGAUACAAUGAACUGUGCUGAGAGUGCACAGAACUGCGGUGGGAUGGGCUCCCAGCUGGUGGUGAUCAGCAGCAAGGCAGAGCAGGAUUUCCUCUCCAAACUGAAAAAUCAACUGCAGAAAAAUCAACAGCUUAAAAGAGAUAAUUUCUACAUUGGUCUGUUUGAGAAGAAGGAGGGCCAGUGGCAGUGGGUGGACAAGACUCCAUACAAUGAGACAGCAACGUUCUGGCGUGCAGGAGAACCAAAUGAUGGCCAUGAUGAGAACUGCACUGUAAGGCAUAUGCCUGAAGAAACCCUCAACAACUGGAAUGAUGUCAAACCAGAUGUCCCGCAUUAUCGAAUUUGUGAAGCAGCAGCAGUAAUUGUGUGAUGGAAAUACCCCUGUCCUGAGCAAAGCUGGGAGCUCAGCAGCGAGCUGGGAACAGCUCUGGCUGUGCUGGGAAGGGUGGGGAGCUCUGACACAUCUUCACUGUGUGGGGUGGGACCAUGUGUGUGGAAGUGACAUGAGCCUUGUCCAGCAUCCUCAGUGCAUGUGGUGGCUCAGGUAACACAGGGAGGCUCAGGCUCUUUGAAGCAUCUCCUGUGCUCUUGUGUCCUCUUCUCUCUGAGUGGUUCUAGCAGCCUCUGGCUGAAAAGAGAUGGACUUCUCCAGGAGGAAGAUGCUGGAACGGAAGACAAAUAUCGCAAGAUUCAAUGUUCUCUGUCUCCUUGAGUAGAGCUGUUUGGUUUUUUUUUUGAGUCACACACAAGAUGUCCUCUAGCUGUACUGGUUGUGCUGAACAAAUUCUGAAAUCUUAGACAAUAUCACACCAAUGAAAAACGUUCUGAGCUCUGG